UAGAACAAAUCAGAUGAGCAAAAACAACUCUUUUUCCAUUGGAUCAUUUAUAAAGAAAAUGGAAAUGCAACAAGCAGCUUAGUUUCUUGGUUUUUAGGAGUGAAAGCUAUACUCACUCACCAAAGGCUUGCAAACAUUUCUGGAUAAAGCGCUGGCUGGCUUAUUCAUCUCUGUAUGGUCAAUCGUUGUGUUUCUGCAGGACCGAAGGAGCAGAUUGGUUAGUAAAGAAUGCUGUCAGAAGGGUACCUCAGUGGACUUGCCUACCAGAAUGACAUCCCCUGGAGCUAUGCAUCUUACAAUGAGAAGGUGGCUGAGGAAAAGGAAGAAGAGACAAAUUCUGCUGCUCUUUCCUAUUCCUCUGUGGAUGAAACACAGGUCAGAAGUCUCUACCUGAGCUGCAAAUCCUCUGGCAAGUUCAUUUCUUCACUGCAUUCAAGAGAGAGUCAACACCGUAGAAACCAGAGAACGACAGUGCUACAGACAAAGUCCAAUCCUGUGUUUGAAAGCCCAAACUUGGCUGCAGUUGAAAUAUGUAGAGAUCCCAGCAGAGAGACCUACUUGGUUCCCCCUUCCUGCAAAAGUAUUUGCAAGAAUUACAAUGACUUACAUAUUGCAGGAGGCCAGGUGAUGGCCAUUAAUUCAGAGACAACAGAUUUUCCCUCCGAGACCAGUUUUGAAUAUGGCCCUUUGCUGAAAUCAUCUGAGAUUCCUUUGCCAAUGGAGGAUUCCAUAUCAACGCAGCCCAGUGAUUUUCCCCAAAAACCUAUCCAGCGAUAUUCAUCCUACUGGAGAAUAACCAGUAUCAAGGAAAAAAGCAGCCUGCAAAUACAGAAGCCUAUUUCUAAUGCUGUGCUGAAUGAAUACCUGGAACAGAAGGUGGUGGAGUUAUAUAAGCAGUAUAUUAUGGACACUGUAUUUCAUGACAAUUCCCCUACCCAGAUUCUGGCAUCUGAACUCAUCAUGACAAGUGUGGACCAAAUUAGUCUCCAAGUGUCUAGAGAGAAGAACCUGGAGGCCUCAAAAGCCAAGGAUAUAGUCAUUAACCGCCUAUUACAGUUGGCAUCCACUGAAAUCAGCACUCCUAGUCUCCAUAUUUCACAGUAUAGCAAUGUGAAUCCAUAGAGAGGAUGCUUCCAUUCCUCUUUCUCAACUACUCACAGCUAAAAGAACACUUCAUUCAUUUAUUCUGAGAAUGUGGAGGAGGAGUUUGGGAAGGAGUCAAGAGCUAGAGAAGUCAAUGUUGGCUGGAGGUCAGGUGUGACUUAAGAGGAAAUCUCAUAUUACACAUGAUGAAAGAAUGUGGAAAGAGGUGCUAUAAAGAAUGAUUUCAAAGCAAGGGUUGUACAGCAACAAAGCAAAAAACAAAAAUGAUCCAAAAAAA